AUGGUAGAACUUGAUGAUGAGACUACCACACCGACUAUAUCCAUGACUGCUACUCGAACCUGCGCCGCUGCUUGCUUAGGUGCUGCGUUUGCCGCUGCUUGGCGGUCCUGUCAUGCUGCCACUGUUUCCACCGCACACCCGAAUUCUGAUUUUGCUAUGGAGCCGGCAAAUUUGCUUGCCAAGGCUCUUUUGCCACCUGACAAAGGCGGAUUAAACCCCGUUGCUGCAAACCCGAGCAGAUACUUCCUUAUUUCACAAGCCGUGGCUCUGAUGGUCGCAUUAAAGAUGGCUCCAGAAGGUCUGAUCUCCGAGGUCGUGGGUCGAGUAAAUCCGGAGAUCAGCCAAUGGGUCUUUCGGUUGAUCGGAGAAUUUUGCGCUAUUGAUAAGGUAGGAUUUCUUCUAAUUGCUUGA